UUGUAGGAGGAUCCCAUUUUCCAGGAACUCAGGAUUCUGCAGAUGUUUUCCUGGUUACUUUCACUUUCAGUUUCCCGGCACAGACGGAGGAGGAGAGGUUUGUGGUCUUUGAUGAAAUAAUCGGAAUACGAGGAUGAGAAUAGCGCUGUCCUCCAUGGACGGGAUGACCGGCGUCCUCCUCCUGCUCCUCUAUCAUACAUGUUUGGGACUGGAUGUGACUGCCCCCCCUUCUCAAACAGCUUUAUUUAAAUCUCGUGUUGUUUUACCGUGUACUUUCCGUGUGAAUGCCCCUCCUAUAAACCCGCAGUUCCUGGCGAUAAUCUGGUCCUUUGAAACAAAAGAGCUGCUGAGAUUUGACAAUAAAGAGAAAGUGGUCAGUGACGACGGGGUGUCUUUGGAUGAGCAAGCGGCCAGACAAGGAAAUGCAUCGCUGACCAUUUACAAUGUGGCUAUCGCCAACCACGGAACCUAUAAGUGUUUAGUCAUCUACAGUCCAGACAGGACGUCCAGGGACAUUCGGCUCAAUGUUCAGGCUACUCCGAUGGUCAAGAUACACAAAAUGGGUCUUCAUAAGUAUGAGAAAAACCAGGUUGAUUGUUCCAUUACAGGUUUCUUCCCUAAGGAGUCUCUAAUAGUCACCUGGCUGCGGAAUGAUAUUAAGAUCCAGGGUGGAUCAAACAUGGGGUUAUUACAGAUAGGUGCUGAUGGGACCUUCAGAGUCAACAGCUCUAUAAUCCUCACCCCAGAUCAGAUCAAGGAUCGUCCAUCCAUUAUCUGUCAGGUGGAGCAUGUGUCACUGCAAAAGCCAAUCCAAGAUGGAUUCUUGGUGACGUAUAAAGUGGCCCCAAAAGUGCAACUCACUUCUUCAAGCACAGAGGAUGGCAAUGAGUAUCUCUACGUAUGUGAGGCACGAGGAUUCUCCCCGGAGCCGCUGUCCAUAAAUUGGUUGGUGGAUGGGAAAAUGGCGAAUCUGUCCAGGGGAAGCGAGGACGGUCUUUUUAAUAAGGAAAUCUAUUAUCGGGUUAAUAUUAAGGAAGGCAAUGUAUCAGAACGGAUCUCCUGUAAUAUCCAACAUGAGGCCUUAAACAGUCCGGUCACCAAGACCCUGGAGGUCCAAGGAUACAAUAAAUGUAAACCACAUUGUCAUUUGGGGCUUGUUGUUCUAAUAAGCUUACUGGUCUCAUCACUUGUGUUCAUUGGUUACAUUUUAUUCAUCAGAAAGAGGAAACACUCAAAGCAUUUUCAGAUGAGUCACAUCCACGAGGAACUUGUGCGGGGAAAUGAGGAGAAGGUCAAUUUAUAUUGUAUGGCAUCCAAGUGUCCAGAGAAAGUGGAUGUGACCUGGAUGAUUACAGUACAAGAACAAAAGCUGAUUAUAAUACCAGAGAGUCCGGCCAAUAAAGAUGAAGAAGCCGGACCAUUAAUAAGCCAUGAAUACACUGUAAAAACUGACCAGACAGAGGAUAGUGGGCUACAUAAUACUAUAACUGUACUGAGCUUCAACCCAACCAUAUCCAGUCACAAGAACACUGAGGUCAAAUGUAAACUCCAAUGUGGUGGGAGAUGUGAGGAAAGAACGCUGAACUUCAGUUUCUCAUAUAAAAAGCCGUCAGUAAAAGGCCCUAUAGAUCUGUCCCUGGAUGACUCGGGAAAUGUUUUGUGUUCUUUGACUCUGGAGAACUUUUCUCCCAGAAAUGUCCAGAUGAAAUGGAACUGUGGAGUUGGAAUUAACCACGAACUGCCGUCUACUGAGGAUAUAAAGAAGAAUCAAGAUCACACAUUUCAAUGCAACAGUACCUGUAGGAUCCCUAAGGACUUCUUCAUUGAUCCUGGUUCCAAAGUACGAGUGACCUGGACACACGGAUCUCUGGAUCAGCCGGGAAGUCAGGAACUGUCUUUAAAAGAUUUUCCCUGGCGUCCAGAGAUGGGUGACAUCAUAGUCCCACCUUUAGUACACAAUGGAGAAGCCAAGCUGCGAUGUGUGAUCCGGGGGUAUUUCCCCGACAAUCUGGAGGUGAAGUGGUUACGGAGAGAAGCAGGAAAGCCGGACCUGUAUGAAUUGCCUUCCAGCAGUGAUAGAUACAAGAUUCCGGUGUUGGAGGUCAUACAGGAAUCUGAUAAGACUUACACCUGUACUGCCUCUCUCAUUGUAUCCGUGUUACUAAAAACCGAGCACAAAUCAGAGUUCAUCUGCCGGGUGACACGCCCCAGUCUGGAGACCCCUCUGGAGAGGAGGACAGGAGAGCUCACAGUGACAGGGAUCCCUACUGUGACUCUAAAGCAGAAUGGCAACACUUUAACUGCAGAGAUUUCACAUUUUUACCCAGAGGAGAUUACGGUGACAUGGAGUAGAACGAAAGAAAAGUCUCAGCCACCCAACAAUUUUGAGAAGUAUGAAGAAAAAGAUUACUCCAUCACUCCUGAGAGUGAUGGUACCUUCACAGUUAUCAGCUCCAUUAUCCAUAAGAAGUCUCAUAUGCCUCAUAUGACAAAUAAAGAUAAACUGUAUAAAAUCACAGUUGAACAUGAUUCAUUGAAAAAAACAUUUGAGAAAAUCUUUCUAAAAGGAAAAGAUCAUUUUGAGGAUGUCACAGAAAAACAUAUAAAAGUGGAGCCUGACCAGGCAGAAAUGUCUAACUCCGAAGCAGUUGUUCAGCAUGAAGGAGAAGAAACGCAGACUUUGGUGCAACCGCACAAGAAUUCAAACGAUAAGAAGAAAAAUGAAAAGAAAAAUAAAAAACCCAAAAAAUAGGGGUUUUAUUUUAACUGUAAAAUACAUCGCUAUACACUUCCUGUUCUGCAAGUCUUAUGGGUUAUUUGAAAACAUUUUUUCCUAUUCAAUACAAUAAACAGGUACAUAACUAGGUAAGACUGGGCCCUACAGGGGCCCCCCGGCCUUUCCAAACUCCUCUAUAAAUGAAACCAGUAGUAAACCGCUGGUGGUAGAAAAAGAAAUCCAGCAAGGCAAUGUCAUAAUGUGCUAGUACGCAUAGCACACUAGCACAUUAUAAGAGACUUGCCUUAGAACGAAACAAUCCAGCGACGUGAUGUCAGUGCUGAGCAGGGGUGGACUGACCGUUCGGGCACUCGGGGACACUGCCCGAGGGCCCCAUGCCACUAGGGGGGCCCC